AUGAAUAAAAAUAUAUGUAUAUAUGGAGGCUCCUUUGAUCCAAUUACUAGAGCACAUGAAAUGGUUCUCAAUGAAAUUUCUAAUUUAAAUUGGAUUGAUGAAAUAUGGGUAGUUAUAAGUAAAUGUAGAAAUGAUAAAGAAUUAACAGACUUUCAACACAGAUACAAAAUGUUCUCCUUAAUUAUAAAUAAUGCAUCUCAAAUAUUAAAAAAUAAAAUAUUUUUAAAGGAUAUUGAAUAUAUAAAUAGAACUACUCCAACUUACGAUUUACUAAAAAUGCAAAAAGAAAAAUAUCCUAAUAAUACUUUUUACUUUUGUCUUGGAUCUGAUUUGUUAAAUGACAUAAUUCUUUGGGAUAAUGGUGAAAAGCUAAUUUUAGAAAAUUAUUUUAUAAUUAUAGAAAGGGGUAAUUUUAAAAUAGACAAAAACAUAUUAAAACAAUUUCCUAAAUAUUAUUUAAUUGAAUUCAAACAGCUAUCUGAAGUUAAUUUUAUUUCAUCAAGUAAUAUAAGAAAAAUUUUAACCAAAAAUGAUAAUUCAAAUGAAUUAAAAAAAUUAAUCAAUCCUCUAAUUCUUAAUUAUAUAAAAAAAUAUAACCUAUACCGAUACAACAUGUAA